UGCACCGCCCGCCAACCCCGCCCAUGGUCCAGAAUGACGCGCUCCAAGACCUUUCAGGCCUACCUGCCUAGCUGCCACCGGACCUACAGCUGCAUCCACUGCCGAGCUCACCUGGCCAACCACGACGAGCUCAUCUCUAAGUCCUUCCAAGGCAGCCAGGGCAGGGCCUACCUAUUCAACUCAGUGGUGAACGUUGGGUGCGGUCCUGCGGAGGAGAGAGUCUUGCUCACGGGCCUGCAUGCUGUAGCAGAUAUUUACUGUGAGAACUGCAAGACCACCCUGGGCUGGAAAUAUGUAAGUGUCCUCCUGUUCUGAUUGAUUCACUGUACAUAGGCUGGCAGGCAAGG